AUGUGUGGGGAAAUGGACAAAGCAGUUUUGAGAGCACUGACGGGCGCAUUACUUUGUGGUCUAGUGUCCGAUGCCGCUUAUUUACAAGAUCAUGAUACAUAUCCGGAACAGUAUGAGCAAGCUGUCUAUCGCAAGCCACUGAGGGAACACGAGAAGCCGCAGGACCUGCGCAACGUGCCAGGAGUGCCGGGUGUGGAUUAUCCAAUUUAUCACGAAGUUCCUGAAACAAGUUUUUCUUGUAAUCAUGUUCCAGUACACCCUGGAAUGUACGCAAACGUAGAAACUGGAUGUCAGGCCUACCACGUUUGUCACGAUGGUCGCGAGGGACAUCAAGGAGCAUCUUUCCUAUGUACCAAUGGCACGCUCUUUAAUCAAGCUAAAUUUGCUUGUGACUGGUGGUAUAACGUAGAUUGCUCACAGGCUAUCGAACACUAUAAAUUAAAUGCAGAUCCACUCAAGAAUCCAUAUGUACCAAAACCAAAACCGGAGGAGCCGCUCCGGCAUGGAGAAUACUACGAAAAAGUUCAUAAUUAA